CUGGCCACCCCCAGGCCUACGUGGCCAGCGGCCCCGGGCGCGCCGGAGAGAAGCACAAGGACUCCACGCCUGACCUGCGGAAGGCGGCCGGACUAGACUUCCGGCGACAGCCUGGCUCCCUCCGGGCACUUCCGCCCCAGAGGCCCUGGCGCUGCGCGGGAUGGCGGGGACAGAUUUUCGGGCAUUCCUAGAGCAGGAGCUCUGUGCCCUGGCCAUCCGCACGGAGACUGUGGAGCACCCUGAGGUGUUUACAGUUGAAGAAAUGAUGCCUCAUAUCCAGCAUUUGAAAGGAGCACAUAGUAAGAAUCUGUUUCUUAAAGACAAAAAGAAAAAAAGCUACUGGCUGGUGACAGUUCUUCAUGAUAGACAAGUUAACUUAAAUGAUCUUGCCAAGCACUUAGGUGUUGGGAGUGGAAAUCUUCGGUUUGCUGAUGAGACAGCCAUGUUAGAAAAACUAAAAGUUGGCCAAGGUUGUGCUACACCCCUAGCACUCUUCUGUGAUGAUAGAGAUGUGAAAUUUGUUUUGGAUUCUGCUUUUCUGGAAGGUGGACAUGAGAAGGUAUAUUUUUAUCCAAUGACCAAUGCUGCCACCAUGGGAUUGAGUCCUGAAGACUUUCUCAAAUUUGUGAAGACCACAGGACAUGAUCCCGUAAUACUAAAUUUUGAUAAAAACUGAUUGGGCUGGUGGUGUGUGGAGGGGUGGGUAUACUCAGUGGCAGUGUUUGCCUAGCAUGCACAAGACCCUAGGUUUGAUCCUUAGCACCAUAACAAAAGGAAAAACUCCAACUGGGCUAAUGUUUAGAGUAAAUUUAUUUCUGAAAGCUAUUCUUAUAAUUUUUAAAAAGAAUUUAGUGAUGACUAUCAUUUUAAGAGAAAAAUUCAUCUUUGUUUUGGUUUUUUUUAGACAGUCUCACUAUGUAGUUCAAGCUGGGCCAAG